AUGCUUACAUUCUACAUCCUUGGUAUCCUUGUCCUUGGAAUGGCCAUUCCUUACGACAGUAGCGAUCUUCUCAGUGCAAUCACGAGUUCAAAUAACGCUGAUACAAGCCCAUUCGUCGUUGCUAUCAAGGAUGCUGUUAUUAAGGUUUUGCCCGAUUUUGCGAACGCGUCUCUUUUGAACAGUUGGAAAGGGGAUCCGAUAUUUGAGAUCUCCAUGUCAGCUGCCUUCAUUGCACUUGGGUUCAUGAACGCAAGCAAGUCAUCCUCUUCAGUCUUCGAUGACCUUGUUUCAUUGGCCACAGUCUUCGCCGGCUUAAACUGGCUGGCAAUCUUGUUACUAGUCAUCCUCCGGUGUCGGCCCGCGCACCUGCCGAUCCCCCGUCUUCCCCCGCUUCUUCCAUUGCAAUUCGGUCUGCUUCCCCAGACUCUUUCAUGCAUCAUGGGCCGCCCCAAAGUGCUCCCUGCGAACCGCUUGCGCGCCAAUACUGCAUGCACUGCCUGUCGCGCUUCCAAGAAGCGAUGCAGCGGCAGCUUUCCCUGCUCUAAUUGCAUCCAUAAGGGUCGCGCCCGAUCCUGUAUUCCAUUCAAGUCCAUACCCGACUCACCUGUCCGCACACGACCGUCGGCUGGCUCAAAUCUUGAUAGAAAUGUGAACCUGAACUGGGAAAAUUUAACGGCAGAGCCCCAGUCUCCUCUCAUAUCGCCCCAUAAUGAUUUUGCAGACCCGCAACAGGAACACGCCCUUGAGGUCGGGCCACGGUCGCCCGAGGCAACGCAUCGGACGCACGCUCUUUAUGUUGGAAAAGCCGCUUCUAUCUCUUUUCUCCAGCUUCUACGGGACACCGUCACACAACAUAUUGGGCCCUCACAGUUCUCGCACAAUCUCAGAAGCGAGGAUAUGCUCGAGGUUAAGGCCCAUCAUGAUCCCUCGAAUUUUGAUGAGGGAAGCUGUAGCUUGGAUGACAAGCGCCGGUACAUUCAAGUUUUCUAUGCUGUGACCAACGGAUUCAUCUACCUAGGCUGUAACACUGAGGCUCUUUUGGCAGAUACGUCAGACCCCCAGACGGAUCGAGAGAAAACUCGAGCAGCGAUUCGAGAUUUGAUGAUCGCCAUUGGGGCUCAGUCAUGUCCUAAUGAGCCCGAGACGGUCCAACUCGAGCGCUUCUUCUUUACCCGUGGGCAAAGUAGGACGUUCGCUAAUCUACUCGAAGACCCCAGUAUAGACCUGGUACGGGCUUUCCUGCUCAUGUCAUUCUAUAUGUUUGGGGCGUGUCGUCGGAAUGCAGCCUUUAUGUACUUGGGGGUAGCGGCGCGGUCGGCAGUGGCACUUGGACUCCACACAGACUCGUCAGGGGCUUUGAGUGUUAGCGAAAAGGACGAAAGAUCAAGAAUCUGGAUGAGUCUCUGCGUGCUCGAUCUCCUGGCGAGUUCGAUUCUCGGCCGACCCGCAGCCACAGCGGCUCUCCUACCAGAGAAUCGGAGCGAACUUUGUUGGGUACCACGAGCAACUGCCGAGACUGGAUUGGUAGCUUCGUACCAGUUAUCCCUCAUCUUAGAGGAAAUCAUCAGCAGAUUGUAUAGCGAGAAAGCCGCCUCAACUGACACUGCUGAUGUUCUCUUGGAAAAGCUGAAUCGCUGGAGUGAACAGCUACCAAACUCGCUUCGCACGCCGUCCGAGACUGAGGAUUCUGGUGUGGCACAGGAGCGCAUAAUUGGAAAUAUGCAUGUGGCUUGCUUUUACCAUUUUGCUGUAAUCCUCGUUACUCGUCCAUUUCUGAUAUCUACUUUGAACGCCCGGCUGGCCCGGAUUCAUAAAAGUCUCUCAACAAAUAGAACAGGGACAGAUACGCCAGAGGACCCAGCACAUUCGCGCUUAGCGGUUGCAUGUAUUGACUCGGCUGUUUAUAUGCUACAGACCUGCCUAGAAGUAUUUCAGUCGGGACUACUCCAUCGGAACAUGGGUAUUCUCAAGGCAUUUGUAUUUGCGGCAGCACUAGUUCUUGGAUUUUCUAUGUUCUGUCACGGCGAUGUCGACAGUGAAAUUGAUAAUGCAUUUGCAGGCGCUAUAUCUGUUCUCCGGAUGCUUGCUCAGCAAUCCGCCCAGGCGGCCCACUAUCUCGAGAUUCUGACACUGUUAGAGGUAGUUGUGACACAACAGCGGCAGAGGCAAGCCGCCCAAGCGCGGCAGCGGCGCAGUCGAUACGUUAAUCGGAUUUUCAGUUUACAUGAGAGCCCAUCCACACCCCGGAUGCAGAGCAAUGAUGAUAGCCGAACCGACACGAUUCCGCUGGACACAGGCGGCCCAUUUUACCCAUGGGUUCCGCAGGGGGAUGGGCCAGUGACUCCACCCGUGAUGGAUGGAGCGUUCCUGGAUUGGGAGGGAAUGGAGCUGCCACUGUGGGAUAGCUUCCCAUUUACAGAGCCGGGGUCAUCCGUUUUAUAA